CUAAAGGAAAGGAACAGUGGAAAACUGUUUGCUGGGCUGGGUCCGCUGGGUAUGUUAGACACAGGCAUGCUUCAGUACCACCUUAGGCGUCGGAGGGUAGAGUUCGCUUCGCUGUUUGCCUAACCGACUCAAGUUACGAACGUAAUCUUGUUGGAAAAAUGUUUUCCUCGAGUUCUCGUGUUACUUAAAUGUUUCAAUGUGGUGUUUAGGGAUUGUUAGUAAUUCUAUUAAAUAUUUUUUUGUGUAAAUAUUAACUUGUAAAUCUUAAAUUUAAAUUCUUUCGGACUACGUGUUGUGUAAAAGUAUAAAAGUAGUUAUUAUGUAUUGGUAAAUGAAUUAGUGCGGUAAAAUGUGUAUUUAAAAUUUCGAUCAUAAUGGAUGUUCAUAGCAAGUAGGUUUGUUUAGAAAAAAAAACAACAACGUCUUCAUUUUUCGAACGACAGAAAAAAAAGAAACAAUGGACGAGACAAAAGCAAUAAGAAUAAGAAUAAAAAAGAAAAGUGAAAUGUCAAGUUGUUGAGGUUAAUUUUUGAAAAUCGAAUAAUUAUGUCGUCUGAAGUGUCGUUGGAAGGUCGAGAGCGGCCGGGAUUCGUGCGGCGUGCGGCCGCCGCGUGUGCUAAGGCGGCAUUUUCCCAAAUUGGCCUGGUGAUCUUAGUGGUGAUAUACGUACUCCUUGGUGCAGUGCUCUUUGAAUAUUUGGAGUCCGGUCCCGAGGUGCAGAAACGGUCUGCCAUACAGAGAUCGAGAGAGGAGUGCUUGAAAGAACUCUGGGCUAUAACAGAACGCCUAAAUGUGCUUUACGAACGCAACUGGACGAGGCUGGUGCACGAGCAGCUGCGCAAGUUCGAGUCGUCCAUAGUCGCGGCUGCGAGGCAGUCUCCGGAGACGCAGCCACCAGAACUAGCCAUGGACUCCAAGUGGACCUUCUCUGGAUCUUUGAUAUAUUGUAUCACACUUAUUACUACUAUAGGUUACGGUAACGUCUCACCAAGAACAGCUGCUGGUCGAGCGGCAACGGUAGCCUAUGCAGCAGCUGGAGUGCCACUUACCUUGGCAUGUUUGGCGGGACUGGGGGCAUCCUUGGCACGACUGGCACGACUGGCGUGGCUGAGGGCAACUAAGAGGAAAGUGCCUAAUACAUGGAGGAAGGAUGGAGAGCCUGAAAACUAUCUCCAGCUCCACGAACAGCAGCGCCUGCUUCCUCAGCCAGCAGAACAUAACCAGUACACAUCAUUUCCACCAAGAAGCCACCGGUCUCCUGGUACAGUGAAGGCCAGGGCUGGAGACAGAGGACAGUAUUCCCAGGUCUUUGAGAGAGCUCCAGCGAGUCCACGAGCUGCCACGCUGGGUCGCGUAAAGCGUAGUGCCUUGCCUGAUGAACCACACUCAUCAACGUCUCUCCAGACUCAGACGCUAGAUCGGAAGAAGACCAUGGGCAGUACAAAAUGUCUCGCCACAGUCCAUGGUCCCGGUCGAGGCAGGGGGCGGACCACCGUGCAAAGACCAAGGGGAGCCGUCAUUGAACAGCUGAUCGCUGAAGAGUGUGGGGAACUGCAGAUGAACAGGAGUCAAGAUGAUUUGGACGACUCCGAGGAUCCUGAUGAGGCGAUAUGUCCACACGACACCCCGUCACGAGUGCCUUUGAUAUGGAAUGAGGAGAGUCAUAAGAUGAAGAGUUGUAACGUGCCGAGCAGUAGUGCAUCCACCAGCGUGCAGCACCACAUCCACCACGGCAUUGAGCACUGUCACAUCCCAGUAGGAAUAGUCUUAUUCCUUCUCCUUGCCUACAUCUGUGUUGGAGCCGCCAUCUUCUCUGCUUGGGAGAACUGGAGCUUCCUUGACGCUGCAUACUUCUGCUUCAUAGCCCUAGCAACAAUAGGUUUCGGAGAUUUUGUCCCCACCAGCUUUCUAACAACUAAACACAGCACAGAACACACGAAGAGCGAGUACGUUCAAAUGAUCGCGUGUUGUGCCUACCUGGUUUUUGGUCUGAUAUUAAUAGCCAUGUCGUUUAGCCUUCUACAAGAUGAAGUAGUUGCUCGAUGUUCGCAAUUAGCUAAUAGUUUAGGGCUCUCGCGUCAAUGACAGUACGAGAAGAGUGAUUGUAGUUCAACAGACAAUCACUUGAGAAUGUUAUGAUCGUUAUUGUAAGCAAUUAAUUUGGGGUCCACUUCAUUUAAUUUCUUCAUUGGAUCCAUUUAUGUAUGUAUUGUAAUUUGUAACCCAUGUUAUCACUAUAUCGUAAAUAAAAAUUAUUUUCUCAUUGUCUACACACAAUUGUAUUGAUAAUUUUAAUAAAGAACUAAAUUUGAAAUGAAAAAAAAAGAAACUUUUUACGGAAUUUGUACUCGAAAAGAAAGUGGUUUGUGAUGUAAAUAAUGUAUAAAACUAUUUAUAAAAGCAAGGCUGAAAUUGUAAUGAAACAAUAAAAUUGUGUUGAACUAAA